AAAAGCGCCUUGACAAAUCAUGUCGUGAACUACUUUUUGCUUCUUUCUAUUCUGCGAUUAUCCUCCCCUUGUGUUCAAAUUUUACUUUAUUUGUACUCAUGCCACCAUUAUUCCAAAAUGAGAAUUUUCAAAAGGCUCAAGUUUUACUUUUCACAUCAAAUUCUACCUAUUUUGGGUGUAUGCUUCGGCAUAACAUUAUCGCUCAUAAUAAUGCCACUGGUAGAAGAAAACUGUCUAAACCAUCACAAAGACUUAAUCUCUGGCAAAUCAGAACCCCAAUAUUCAGCUGCAAUCUCAGUUUCACCAGUAGUUGACGAUUAUGAACCUGUCCUCUACUUAAACAGCAAACCAAAAAAUGUCCCAAGACCCGGCAAGGUUCAAAUUCCUAGAGCAAGGUAUUAUUCUACUGAGCUUAAUAUUAGGGAAAAAUUAUUCAUAGGUAUAUUAUCAACUCCGCAGUCAAUAUAUUCGAUGGGAUCGGCUCUCAAUAAAACAUUAUCUAAACAUAUCGAUAAAAUUAUGUUUUUCUUGGAAGGUGCAGAGACAGAAAAUUUAGAUUUAAGUAUCGGAUCAAUUAUAGGAUUUCCAGAUAAGCGCGAAAUACUUGGGCCAUUCAAUAUGCUCCAGUAUGUUGCUGAGAAUUACUUAAACGAAUAUGAUUUUUUCUUUUUUGCUAAAGAUACCACUCACAUUCGAGGAAAAAAGUUGCUCGAUUUUGUGAACCAUAUCAGUAUUACUCAGAAUGUGCAUCUAGGUCGUCCUUUAGAUAUUGAUUCCUUCUAUUGUAAUUUAGAUGCUGGCAUUUUACUGUCUAAUUCUGUUCUUUCAAAAGUAAUCAAGGAUUUGGACUGGUGUAUACAACAUACUUUUUCUGAAAGCAAUAGUGAUAAUUUUGGUAGAUGCAUACUACAUGGUACAGAUCAGCCCUGCCAAAGCUUUAUUCAAGGUUUGAAUUAUGAAUCUCAUCAAGUGUCCAAAUAUGAUAACCUAGAAACUUCAAUCCAAAAAUCAUCCUGGCCUAAAGAUCUGAAAAAUGUAUUUACAAUAUAUUCGGUUUCAACUCCUGAAGAACAUUAUUUGAUUCAUCAUUAUUUUUCUCAACAAGAGCUUAUUGACAAUCAACAACAGCUGCAAGAAAUCCAAGUAAAAAUUUCUAAUCUGAGUUCAUUUCUGCCUGUAAAUUCCAGUAAAACUUCUUGGCCUGUUGGCAUUGAGCCACCUUUUAAACCACAUGGCAGAUUUGAUGUUUUACCAUGGGUAUACUUUAAUACAACGCACAAUUUUUUGCAAACUGAACUCGAUGUCAUAUCUGAAGUAAAGGGUCUUUAUAAAGCUGAAAUUCAAGAUCUACUUAAAUCUACUGUGCAAUGGAUAAAAAUUACACAUAAUGAUAGGUACAUUUAUCAGAAAUUAGUCAAUGGUUACAAGCGAUUUGAUCCCACUAGAGGUACUGAAUACAUUUUAGAUAUGUUAUUUUUAGAAGAAACCACUGGUCAAGAGGUAUUGAAACGUAUAAAUGCUGUUCGGCCCCUUAAUGAAGUAGAAAUAAUACCUGUGCCUUUUGUUACUGAACAUACUAGAGUUGUUCUCUUGGUUUUAGUAAAAGCAAGUGAAAGAAAUGAAGCAUUAAGAUUUUUAGAUGAUUAUGCCAAAGCAUGCAUUGAGAAGCAAGAUAGUACUGUGAUGUUAUUGGUUUUUCUUUAUGGUCCUCAAGAUCCUGGCAAAGGGGAAAAAGAAGAUGUAUUUGGGCCUGUAAAAGAUUUGGUAAAUUCUCUUGUAAAUAAGUAUCGAUCAAACGGUGCUAAAAUAGCAUGGUUUAGUGUCAAAACAAUUGGUAAAAUGCCACCAUAUUUUGCCAUUGUUGAUUUAAUCUCAAGAAAACUGUCUUCUGAAUCCUUGCUACUACUUUGUCAUGUAGGCAUGGAAGUGCGUCCAGAUUACAUAAAUCGAGUACGAAUGAAUACCAUUCUUAAAACGCAAGUAUUUUUUCCUAUUCCUUUUCGUCAGUAUCAUCCUUCAUUAGCAUACAAUCAUAUUACAGUUCCUGAUAAUGUGGAAGUUAAAAAAGAUCUGGGACAUUUUGAUACAGACAGUUUUGAGCAUGCAAGCUUUUAUCUUGCUGAUUACUUGGCCAUUAGGAAACAGUUAGAAAGUACCAUUUCAAUGAUUAAAUUAGAUAAAGAUCUAAAAAAUGAGUAUUUGUAUACUUUACAUUUUGAUCUGUUUGAAAUUUUUCUUCAAUCUAAAUUACAUGUAAUGCGAGCAGUUGAACCUGAUUUAAGAAUAAGAUUCAAAUUUGACUCUUGUGACCUUGAGUCCAAUGUUGCAACAUAUCAGGAAUGUCUUCAGAAUAGAGAACAAAAUCUAGGUACUAAAUCUCAAAUGGCUGCAGAAGUCCUGUCACAUUCUGAGCAUGGUUCUAAGGAAAAUGUAAAUUUUAAUGCAAUUUUAUAAGGAAAGGUUUGUAGUGUGUGUGUUUAUAAAUUGUGUGCUUUAUUUUUUGAUAUAUUUACAACUUUUAUUGUUGCCAUAAUGCUUUUGAGUGUUUUCCUAACUAGUUUUUUAUUUACUUUUAAACUGUGCCAAUAUAAGUGUUCCUUGCUUUGUUGUUGUUUGUAAUGUUAUAGAGAGUUCAGAAUUUUUUUUUAUAUGUGUGAUAAACAAAAUAUCCUUCAAGUGCUAAAAAGUCAUUUGGAACAAAGAGAAAUUCAUCUUAAUUUUUUAAGCUAAUUUAUUAAUAUUUAACUAAUUACAAUAUAGGAAGCAAAUUGAUUAUAAAAAUAGGAUUUUUUAAUAACUUCAAAUGUUUUUAUUUUUUCUAACAUAUCUAAUAUUACAUAAUAUUGAUGUUUCAUUCUAAUUACAGUUUGUUUUUUUUUUAACUAUACAGAGUCUAAUUACAUUUGAAAAAAAACUUUUUAAU